CAUUGUCAGUCAAUGCUCUUUAUGCAGCAGUGCGAGUGAAGAAGAAGAAAGUGGCUCAGCACAGCAUAAAUUGCCUUUAAUGUGUAGUGCACGGAUGUGACCUGAUCUGUGGCUCAACAUGAGUGUCAAAGGGCAUUGAGUAGUGACUAACAAAUUCCAUUACUUGCUUAAGGAAGUUAAGGUUGUAAAGUGCUAAAAAAAAGUCCAGGAGGAGAGAAGUUGGGCAGGAAGAAGAAAAAAACAUUGAUUUUAGAGGAGACCAAGGACCCAAUCGGAAGUCAAGUUCAUGGAUAUUGUAGCCCAGUCUGGUGGUAGCUGAGAGAGGAGGAAUAUAUAAUGUAGGAUACAAUGUCAAUGUAAACAACGACAAUGGAUGAGAAAUGUAUCGAAGAGGGGGAUGUGGAUGAGGAGAAGCUUUUGCCGCAGCCUCCGGAUAAAUUCUGUGUGCGCCUCCAUCGAUGUCUAUCCCACAAUCGCAUCCUCAACUACCUCCUACCCAGUGCCGUUGUGAUUGUUAUAAUUCUCGUGAUAUACUUCUUCAAGGAUUCCUUCAAAUCUCUCCUUUUUUGGGCUGAAAAUCAAAAUUCCUGGUAUGUCUUCUUCAUCUUCAUUGCCCUAUUUGCCAUUGUCAGCUUCCCCGUUACCGUGGGCUACCUUGUACUCAUCAUCACCAGUGGGUACAUGUUUGGGCUAAUCAAGGGACUCCUCACUGUCAUCCUGGGUGCCAAUGUUGGUGUUGCCAUUGCCCACAACACCAUCCGGAGUAUCCAAGCAUUUCUUCCGGUUCAAAAAUUGAUCAAAAAUGAGACAGGACGUGCAAUAUUGAGAGUAAUUUCGGGGCCUCGAGCAUUUAAAGUGGUGCUUUUUUGUCGCCUAACACCAAUUCCAUUUGGCCUACAGAAUACAAUUUUUGGGGUGAGCGCUGUGAAUCCCCGGAGUUAUCACACAGCAACCCUUUUGGGUCUUCUUCCGGCGCAAACGAUUAAUGUGUACCUUGGGUCAACAUUGCGCUCAAUGCACGAUGUACUGAAUGAUCAGAAGACAGCCCUUGCGGGUUACAGCAUCUUUGCCGUGCAAACCGUGAUUGGCGUCCUGCUGAUGGCAUGGGUUGUGCAGAAAGCACGGACAGAGCUGUCUAAUGCCCUCCUGAGCGAUAUGGGUGUCGAACACAAACUCCUGAAACGUUCCAAACUCAAGUGGCUGCGGAAGUUGUACAAAUGUGACAAUGUAAUGGUCAUUAAUCCGCGUAUAAUUUAAUAUUGGAUGGAAAUAAUGCUAUUUUGUACUCAUAUUUAGCGAUUAAAAUGGUUUUAUUUAACAUAAGUAUAUUUCCUGUAAUUGUGUUAAAUUUCCAUGAUACAUCCAUUCACUUACCUGCCGCUAUGGACAUUGAAAAAUCUUCUUUUUUUUUUUAAGAAAACUCAUUUGAAAUUUUUUUACAUCAUUUUAAUUUUAAUGAAUUUUAAUGAAAUUUUAUGUAGUUUUAUUCUGUAAAGACCUUUGAAAAAAAACAAAUGAUAGGUAUGUCUUGUAUUUAUGUUAAUUACAUGUGUAUAGACACUAAAAA